AAAGUUGUCUUCUCUCCUAAAGGUCCCAAUCUUCGAGAGCUCGAAGAGCUCGCUUCGUCUGCUAACUCCUUUUUUUGGUUCUAGGGCUUGGGUAGUCACCUUCAUCAAAUAUUGGGAACUGCUUAAGAGUCUGGUCUGAGAUGGGAUCUGAGGGGCCUCCUGCUAUUACUCUACAUGUCACUGGAUUCAAGAAAUUCCAAGGUGUUGUUGAGAAUCCUACAGAGACAAUAGUUAGUAACCUGCAAGAGUUCGUGAAGAGAAAAGGAUUGCCUGCAGGAAUUACACUUGGUAGCUGCACUAUUCUUGAGACUGCGGGAGUUGGUGCUCUGCCCAUGCUCUACCAAACCUUGGAGUCACGAACGGAUUCUUCACGCAAUGAACAAGUCAUUUGGGUUCACUUUGGAGUUAAUAGUGGGGCAUUAAGAUUUGCCAUUGAGCGACAGGCAGUGAAUGAGGCCACUUUCCGUUGUCCAGAUGAGCUUGGAUGGCAGCCUCAGCAACUCCCAAUAAUUCCAGAGGAUGGGGGAAUUUCUCAUACAAGAGAGACUUCAUGUUCUAUUGAUUCGAUGGUGAAGUUCUUGAAGAAGAAUGGUUAUGAUGUGGCAAGCUCCGAUGAUGCUGGCCGAUUUGUGUGCAACUAUGUCUAUUACCAUUCACUACGGUAUGCUGAGCAGAAAGGUCACAAGUCACUCUUUGUCCAUGUGCCUCUGUUUUCAAGGAUUGAUGAAGACACACAAAUGCAGUUUGCAGCAUCCCUCUUGGAGGCUUUUGCAUCUACCAGCUGAUCAUACUUGUUUCUUAGUAAAGUUUUAUCAUCUGCAUUUUCUUGUUUUAAUCUGUCUACUAUGUAAAUCUAUCAUGUCUAUUUGUAAAAUAAAAGACCCGUUCUAAC